CCAUUCCCCUCGCGGAACGGGUGAAAAAAAAAAUCCCUAGCUAAACCCUCCUCCAAGUUGCUUCGUCGCCGCCAUGGCGCUCUCCAAGCCGCUCCUCUCUCGCCUCCUCCCCCUCCCCCUCCGUCUCCGCCCCCAGCUCCGCCUCCUCUGCCUCGCCACUCCAACCCCCACCCCGACCGACGACGCCCAGCCCCCCGCGGACGCGGCCGCCGAGCGCCGCCGCCGCAAGCGCCGCCUCCGAGUGGAGCCCCCGCUCUCCCGGGGCCCGGCGCCGCAGCGCUCCCCGGGGGCGCCCCGCCCCGCUUCCAACCCCAACGCGCCCAAGAUCCCCGAGUCGGCCUCGGUGCUAUCGGGCAAGCGCCUCGACCUCCACCGCCGCAUUCUCGCGCUCAUCCGCGAGAACGACCUCGACGAGGCGGCGCUCCUCACGCGCCACUCCAUCUACUCCAACUGCCGCCCCACCGUCUUCACCUGCAACGCCGUCCUCGCCGCGCUGCUCCGCCAGGCGCGCUACGCCGACCUCCUCUCGCUCCACCGCUUCGUCACCCAGGCCUCCGUCGCGCCCACCGUCGCCACCUACAACCUCCUCCUCCAGGCGUACUGCGACUGCCGCCGCCCCGACGCCGCGCUCGAGCACUUCCGCCUCCUCCUCAAGGACGACUCGCCCGUGCUCCCAUCCCCGUCCACUUACCGCAUCCUGGCGCGGUCCCUCGCCGAGAAUGGCAAGCUGGACCAGGCGAUCGAGCUCAAGGAUGGCAUGCUCGAGCGUGGCCUCGUCGCCCCUGAUGCACAGGUCUAUGCCUUCAUCAUGGGCGGGUUUGUCAAUGCCGGGGAUAGUGACAGGGCCCUUUCAUUGUAUGAGGAGCUGAAGGAGAAGCUUGGUGGUGGGCCUAUUCUCGAUGGCAUGGUGUAUGGUAACCUAAUGAAAGGGUAUUUCCUCAAGGGCAUGGAGAAGGAGGCCAUGGAUUGCUAUGAAGAGGUGCUUGGAGAGGGUUCCAAGGUGAGGUUUGGUGCAGUGAGUUACAACAUGGUGCUUGAUGCGCUUGGGAGGAAUGGGAGGUUGGAGGCUGCACUCAAGUUGUUUGAUAGAAUGUGCAUGGAGCAUGACCCACCCAGGACGAUUACUGUGAACCUGGGGAGUUUUAAUGUGAUGGUUGAUGCAUAUUGCCUGGCUGAAAGGUUUCAGGAUGCAAUUGAGGUGUUUGGGAAGAUGGCUGAGAAGAGGUGUGCUCCUGAUGCACUCUCCUACAAUAAUCUGAUUGACUGGCUGGGGAAGAACAAACUUGUUGGGGAGGCAGAGGGAUUGUACACGGAAAUGGCUGAGCGAGGUGUAAACCCUGAUGAGUACACAUAUGUGUUGCUCAUUGAGUCCUGCUUUAAGGUGGAUAGGGUGGAUGAUGCGGUUGGUUACUUCAACAAGAUGUUUGAUGCUGGCCUGAGGCCCAACGCAAAUGCAUUUAACAAAGUCGUGGGUGGCUUGGUGAGGGUUGAUAGGAUUGACGAGGCACAGGGAUUCCUUGAUAUGAUGCCUGAAAAGGAGGUCAAGCCAAACAUUGCCAGCUAUGAGCUGUUGUUGAGGGCAUAUAUUGACGCUGCAAGAUUGGAUGAUGCGAUAAAGAUAGCCAAGGGUAUUCUCCUGGAUGAGAGUGUUGUGUUUAGUGAUGAAAUGAAAGCACUUCUGGAGGGGGCACUUGAGAAAGAGGGGAGAGACGGGGAUAUGACAAAGUUGUAUGAAGAUGUUGAGAGGGAGAAAGCGGAGGCAGCUGCACGUGCUGCUGAAGAGAAGGCCAGAGCAGAGGCUCUUGCUAAAGAAGAAGAGGAGAGGAAGAAGGCUGAGGCAAAGGCUAAGGAAGAAGCGGCUGCCAGGGCUAGCCGAGCAGCUAUUGAGGCAGUGCUGGGUCGCAAGAAGGAAGCAGAAAGUGAAGAAUCAGCUGAUGGAUUGAGUGCUGAGGAGGCGGAGGUUGUUGAGUCCAGCACUGGCACCAUCGGUGUUUCUGGAGAACAGAGUGACGGUGAUGAGCAGAAAAAGCAUGAGUCUGUUGAAGCCUCAUCGGGGCCAUAGCUUUGUCAUCCUAGAGAAUACCCAAAGUAUCGGUGAUGGUGGCUUCUCUGUUAAUGGUGUACUGUUGGAACGACCUAUUACUGCAUCAGAGGCUGUUGAUUGCUUUGUUUGUGGCAAAGUUAUUAGGAAUGGACAUGAUUCUGUAAACACUACCUUAAAGUGCUGCUGGCUAUGAUAAUCAGGCUACCAAGGAAGUUCUGAUCCAGUCAAAUGAUAGUGCUGUUCUUGUCAAAUUGAAGCAGCAGGAAACUAAAUGCAAGAAUGAUUACACUCUACCCUUAGGCAUUGGGGUAUUGGGGUCUUGGGGAUGCUUCUGCUUCCUCAUUAGAAUACAUAAAGUUUGCUGAUGCUGUAGCUGUUGAUAGGAAAUCUGGUUUUACCCUGAUUCGUGAUUUUAUCAUCAGCGGAGCAGUCUUGUGAAAGAUCUGCAGUCAGCGGAGCUAGCUGUGACAAGUGUUCUAGUGUGAUCUGGGAAAUGAUCUGCAGUUAGAGAUUGUAUUUCAAUUGUAACAUUAACUUAUAAACCAUACAGACGAAGAGCUAUGCUGCUAUGCUACUAGUUUGUGGGAAUCAUGAAACUCUACCAUCGAAGUUCGAACCUGCUGUAAUAUGAGUUUGAAA